AUGGACAUAAAUCAGUUUCCUCUGGACGUGGAACAAAUCAAUGCAAAACAGCACAUCAAGAAUGGACAAAAGUUUGACUUAAAAAUCAAACCGGAUUCAGUUGUGAUAUUGGUCCAGGUGCACGACCGCCUUGACGUGUUGAAGAUGCAGCUUGAUUCCUUCCGAAGAAACAGGUACAUAAACGAAACGCUUCUUGUCAUAAGUCACGACUAUUAUUCAAAAGCUGUGUUUGAAAUUAUUGAUUCAAUUGAUUUUUGUCCCGUUCUACAAAUCUUCUACCCAUAUGCAAUUCAAGCUUACAAUAAUAUCUUCCCCGGUGACGACCUGAACGAUUGUCCGCGUGAUCUGCCUCGAACUGAGGCCCGGAAGCGGAAGUGCAACAAUGCGGAUUACCCAGACCGAUACCAGCAUUACAGGGAAGCCAAACACACACAACUCAAACAUCACUGGUUGUGGAAACUUCAAUUUGUGUUUGAACGGUCCUUUUUCAAGGACGUUCCCGGCGUGACGAUCUUACGUCUUGACGACGACUACUACCUUGCCGAGGACACCAUAUACUUCAUCAAGAAGAUGAACAUUGCCAGGGAUGCUGAAUGCAAAGACUGCAAGAUGUUUAUCAUGGGGGAAAUGGGCAAAACGUCAUCUCUACCAUACCCUGCUCAAUCAGGCGACGUUGUCAGAGCCUUCUGGUACGCCGGCAUACUUAUUUGCAGAAAAAGCAAGAACCUUAUUGACACGCGCCACAGAGUGUGA